GAACUACGUUGAGCUUCCACCAUCGCCCACGGCCGAACACAUGUCCAGGAAAUUCCGGCCGGAUCUUGACAUACCCACCUGCAGCUUCUGGUCUUUUUGAGAGCAUCCGCCAACAGUGCAGCUCUCCCCAUCGCUGACACCUAAGCUAUGGUCGUCAGCCCCACGAGCUGUCUUCAGGAUGGGCAAGUCGGUUGGAGAGACGGCAGAGAUUCGUCUUGAUCUCGUGCUUGAGGCGCUCGAGAAUAAGUCGAAGAACAAUCGGUCCAAAGCCGUCAAGGAUCUAUUGACCAUUUUUGAUCGCACGCGAAAAGAACCCAAUGUAGACAAGUUGAGCGACAAAGCGUACCACAAAAUCUUCGAAACCCUAUUCCGAGCUGUGCUUACGGAGAAGUCAUCCUUCUUUGCGGCGACGAAGACUACAUUGACGAAUGCCACCACGAGACUCACAGCGUGUGCUGAUGCCGUUAGGGUGGUUGUUGAAGCUGGCGCCACGAAAUUCAAGAUAAAGACUGUGGAGGCAAUUGCGGAGCAUAUUAUUCAAACCCUUCCGACCACAGACUCUGGAUAUUGUAAACCGCUCACACAGCACUAUCUACAAGCUCUUCAUACACUAUUCAAGCACCAGGCGAAUGUGGAGCGCCUCAAGAACAGUAUAUGGUUCGAUGUCGUGGACUUUUUCAUUCAAGGAAUUAAUCAAUAUUUGCCUAACGACGAUGGGGGACCGUCUAGUUUGUCCCAUAGUCAUUAUGGCCUGGGAGGAAACCACCGGUCUGGUUCAGUGCCCAAGUCUAUUACGAGCAGUGGGCAGACUCAGAGUCAGCAUUCUCUGACAAGGAGCAAUGUCGAAGAUCUCUUUCAGAUCUUACUCCUUUUCGUAUCUGCUUCUAAUGCGCCUCUACCAGAGGUGUAUCUUAGGGUAGUCGAUACUACCAUGCUGUUUUUGCAAUCGCAAGGCUCUCAUGCAAGCCAGGUUCAUCAGCGGGCCUUUUCUACUCUCAAUACUGUCUUGCAAUUUACUCGCAUAGAUCACAUCUCCAAUACUCAAACUGUUGCUCAAGAUGUCAUUCCCGUUAUUUCUCGGUUCUGGCAGGGCAAGGCCGUGGCGAAAGACGAGAUGUUGAAUUCUGUACGAGAUGAGAUGCUGAUCUUGUUAUUCAAUGUCCAUCUUCAUCUGGAACGCAGCAUCAUGGAUGAUGAGACAUCCGAGGUUUUGUCAAAAGUAGAGGACUUGCUGGAAAUUCUACGCGCGGACUAUGCCAGACGUUCGGAUCGAGAUCAAUUACAAUUGGAUGACUUGGAAAUGAUAGAUUUCGGUGCAAAGCUGCGCAAUGACACACCCUUCCGUCUCCGUGCCUUCAAGCUUAGGCCACACAAUCACCGAGCUGAGAGAAAUUGGGCCCAUCUUCAAGUAAUCGGAAUGCUUGAGAGACUGGUGACCCUUGGCAAUCGACAGAGGAGCGUUGGAACAGCAGGAGCCCAAGAACAAGAGAGAGAGUUGCAUCCUCGCAAGCGGCAGCGUAUGGCUCGACCUUCGGAUCGCCUCCUGGAUCCUUUACGAUCUGAUGACGCAAGAAUGAGAAUCGCUGCUUUGCAAACAUUGCCAUUUGUGCUUGAGACUUGCCAAUUACAUUGCUCUUUGUUGACUGAACUGUUGGCUCUUUUGCAGACCUGCGCAGGCGACAAACGUGGCAACAUUGCAUCUUGGGCGCUGCUAGCUAUUGCAAGUUCUGCUCACCAGGAAGUUGCCUCUGAAAUCAGCACCGUGGGCUGGACACAGCUUUGGCGUGUUGGCGCUAGGUCAUUAACGUUCCCCACAACGUCGCGAGCUGCAGCACUUGAACUCCACGCCAUCGUUGCAAGAAACCUAGUUCAAUAUCAUGAUAUUGGCGAAGACAUAGAAACCAUAGUUACGUCUACCGAUGCAAGUGGUCCGGCUGUCCUCUGCGAUUCCGGCCUCUUCCUGAUGACCCAUUUAUUGAAUGCCAGGAUAACUGAGGUACCCGGUGCAAGUCUUGCUGCAUCUCAGCAUGUCAUCCGAUGGCUCUUCGCGCGAUGGGACCCAGUUGACACUGUCUUUGCCACGUCUUAUGCCAUCCAUGCUCAACCGCACAGCAUUAUGACCCUGCUUCGAAUCUGCCUGGGUCUGCAUAGGGUGAGCUUACCUACGAACACGAUCACUUCAUGCGGCCCUGUCGCACAAGCAUGGCAGCACCACUUGAAUACCCAGGAUGUGCUUCGAUACAUCUUACUCCUGGACGUCUCAGUGGCCGAACCAGUGGAUUGCUUGUGUCUGUCAUGCCCCAAAGAUGAAGCUUCGGGCAACACCGUCCACAUAUUAAACACGGCGCAUUUCCAAUCGUCAAGGAAAGCCAUUCUAGAACUCCUGCAUCCGAAAAGCAACGAUAUUCUGGAGAGCUGGAAGAGCUAUGUGGUUGAUCGACCCUCAUCUAUGUCCGCAGACACCUUUCGAAGUACAUUUUAUAGCUGUAUUUCGAUGGCGCUUCUGAUGAGGCAUUUCGUAAACCUGGAUUCGAUGCAAUUACCCUCCAUUGAAACGAACUUACUGAGCUUGUGUACAGAGCUUAUGUCAUUCCUUCGAGAUGGAGAUACUGCAGAUCCGAAAGGCGUCAGUAUUCUGUACGAGAUAUUGUUCCAAUCGAUCCAUCCGUUUGUACCGCUUUGCGGCACUAUCGAUUUCCAAUACUUGUCGGAAAAGGAACCCCAUAUCCUGAAGGUUUUUGUCAUAAUCGCUAAAGUGCUGCUCAACCGUGUGACUCAGAGCGACGAGGCAUCUGCCCCUAUGGACGAUCUUAUGGAUCUUGAUGAUUUCUCGAACAUACACAGUCAAAAUCGUGCAGAAUCUCAAAUGGCUGUGAUGCCAAGAAAAGAUCUCUCCCUUGACAUGUGGUCUGGCUCCUUCAAUCUCGUUGUCGGUGGCAGAAUACUUUUAAUCGCGGCUGUCAACGACAACCCCGACACUACAGGAUUUGUACCGUCUCCGUUCGUUGAUCACUUCAUUUCUCUAUCGGAUGACGAAAUCACUUCAAGCCGUCGCCUGCUCCAAGACGUUCUCACAUCUGAUCUGGCCCUCGAUGAGACCGAUGCGACAAAUAUUCUCGAGCGCCUGGCCGGGAUCCUCUCUUCGGACGCAUUUGACCGAUGUGAAGUCACGCUUGGAAUGUGCUUAGACUGUCUAGCUGGUCUGGAACCAUUCUGGUCAUCAUUGAAUGGGAGCGGUGCAGCCUAUGCUGCUUCGCAGAUGUACAACUGGUUCAUCAACGCAGCCCUCAAAAGAGGCCUUGCCUCUCCUGAAGUGCUGAAAGGAAUGGCCAGACUGUUACUAAUUCUUAUGCGAACUAGCCCCGACUACGGCAAAGAGGAAUUCGACCUACCUUCGCCACGGUCUAGCCUCUUCAACAUAUUAGAGAAGGGCAAUGCGUCUGUCAAGUUCUAUCUUGGGAGCGAACUCUUCAAGGUCUUCAAGCUAUUCAUACUAAAAGACCAUGAUGAUGUCUUUGUAGAUAUCAUCGGAAAACUGCCCCGCGAUUCGGACUGGCUGGAAGGAAUAUAUCUCCGACUCUUCGUCUUCGAGAAACUUGCGUCCAAAUGGCCCACGUUAUUGCGCCGGUGCAUUUAUCACCUGUUCGAGACAGCCGGAAAGUUACCCCAAUGCGUUGAACAUGCGACUAGAUGUGUAAAGAACAUAUCCUCGGCACUUAAAGUUGAUGGUCCCCAACAAGUUUUUGCAUUGUUUGCCCCCCAGAUGUUGUUUACAUGGCUGGCUCCGGAUGAGAAGGACGAGGAUAAAAAGCCUGGGGACGUCAACAAAAUUCCCUUCCGCAUAUUUGGAUUCUCCAGCCUUCAAGAACUCAUUGAGGAUGCGCAAGAGGAAGCAACAGCGCUGCUGGUAAUGCGAGACCAAGACCAAUACCUCGGUGAACUGGGGAACAUACUCGAAGUUGAUGAUGCUGUACUUCUACAAAGAUCUUUCACGAAAAUUAUUGCAUACUCGGUCGCCUACGAUACUUGUUUUCCCCAUUCCAAGGGCGCGGCGAAAUACAUCACAGGCGAGGCUCGAGUGAAGAAGAUGCUUGGGGCAGAGCUCUUUGUGGAAUUAAUCAAUCUCCACUUUGCUGAUAUUAUUGCUCUCUUUUUCAACCUCAUUAAUCACGAGAACAAGGUGGAGGAUUUCUGGGAGAGGAGGGAGCCACUUAAAUACGCUGCAACAAUCAUGAAAAAUAUCAAACGCCUCAGCUAUUCCGACGUCGAGUUGCCCCCGAACCAACAGCCGACUUUCAGGCCAAAAUAUCUGGCAGCUGAAGUCCAACACUUAUGCUCACGAACGGAACAUCAGCAUGGCAAACUCUACACUGCCCCGUUGCUUACUUCCAUCGCAAGAAAACUUCUCAACACCGUGCACCCGGCUCUUGGCUCAUUACAUGCCUGUUCCGUCUUGCGGAAGCUUCGAACUCUCAUAUCACUCGCUGGAGAGAGUGCGACUCAAGGAUAUCCAUUGGAAAUGUUGUUGCAGUCUGUACGCCCCUUCCUCACCGAUCCCGAAUGCACGGAUGACGCCAUUGGCAUCAUUCAAUAUUUAAUGAGCCAAGGUUCAGUUCAUCUACUCCAAGUUCCAUCAUUCGUUGCAGGUAUUGCUUUAUCUAUUCUCGGAUCCGUAAGAGCCUUGUUGGAUGCGACCAAGGCAAGCACCACGCAAGAGAGUCAAUAUAAGAACACGAUGUCCAAAGCCGAGGCAUUCCAUGAAUGGACUGGUCGAUAUCUUGCGAAGUACAACUCACCAGCGCUGGCAAGCCAUUUGCGAAUGCAUUUCCAGACACUGGUUCAAUCUGCACUUCAAACCACCGUGGUUGGCAAUGCCAAUUCCGGGACCGCUGAGAGCCAUCUCCUACACCAACUCCUCAAAGACGAAAAAAUGGAGGUGGGCUUGUUGAGUCGACCAUCCCGCGAGCUUGCCCUUUCAAUGUUGUGCUCAGAUUUUCGUGGACCAGACUCUUUCCGCACCGACAUUCUUGGCAAAGAUAACCUCUCCAUUGGAAAUGCUGCUGUUGUCUGGAAGUCGUGCAAAGGAUUGACAAACAAGCAAUAUUUGUCAUGGGCUGCACGUGUUCUGGGCAGAGCUUUUGCUGCGUCCGGACAUAUUCACGAAGAGCUUCUUCAAGAGUCAAAUCUAUCGAAGCUCAAGGAGCUUGCACCCGCACUAGACGAACCAGGAGAUUCGAGGGGUGGAAUACUUAGUUUGCUACGAGAAUUGACACUGGGGCAUGAUGCUCAGGUGCUUGGGCUGGCUGAGACCGCCCUUCGGGUGAUUGUAUCUACUUCCGAUGAUACCCUCGCAGGUCUUUGCGAAAGACAUCUAUCCGAGUCUCUCGCCGUUGCCUCUGUUUGGAUGCCAUAUAAAAUACCACCAUCCGAGUUGGAGCUUGCAUCACAAGACUUGUCGCUGCAUGACGAACUCCACCCCGACGCCAUACUCCGAGACCAUUGGAUUCGUGAUCUUUCGAUCGCGAUAGCUCAAGCUGUGCCUAGUGACCACCUGUUACUAUCCCUGGUUCCAAUUCUGCGAAACGUUCCUGGAUUCGCUGACCAAGCUUUCCCAUUCAUCCUUCACUUAGCUCUUUCUGCAUCUACUCAAACCCAUAAUGCUAGGAAACGCGAAAUUUCUCAGGCAUUUGGUACUUGGUUUGAUAACAGCAAGGUCGUGGAGAAGAACAAUUUGAAGAUGCUUUUGAAUGCGAUUCUCUUCCUGCGCACGCAGCCUUUGCCUGGGGAGAAGUCCUCGGCAGAGCGAUUGCGAUGGCUCGAGAUCGACUUCAUGAAAGCUGCAACAGCUGCUGCAGAAUGUGGCAUGUUCAAGACGGCUCUUCUGCUUGUGGAAGAAGUUUGUAGCCAGCCGACGAGAUCAUCCCGCCGUUCAUCGUCGAUCAACUCCGACCAAUCCGAUAUUCCAACAUCUCUUUUGCUCACCAUCUUCGAGAGUAUUGAUGAUCCAGAUAUGUACUAUGGUGUGCAGCAAAAUGCGAAUUUAGACACCAUUCUGGCGCGAUUCGAAUAUGAGAAAGAUGGCCUGAAAAGCCUUGCCUUCCGUGGCGCCCAGUACGACAGCCAUAUUAGGCGGCAGAAUCCCGAGUCAACUCAGGAUGUUCAGUCCUUGGUCAAAGCACUCGACGUUUUGAGCUUGAGCGGACUGUCUCAUUCGCUUUUACAAGCGCAGAAAACCAUUGGCAUGACACCUGCAUCACUUGAAUCAAUGUUUCGAACAGCACGAAAGCUUGAGCAAUGGGACAUACCCGUCCCCAGCACUAGCAGCAGCAAUUCGAUUACUCUCUAUAAAGCGUUCCAGGCAAUCAACAACAGCUUAGACUAUUCCACGAUCUUGCAAGCGAUAAAUGAAGGCUUGGAGAGUACUAUGACGCCAUUGGUUCAACAAGACCUAGGUGCGAGCGCGCUUCAUGAUAGCUUACAGACACUGGCGACCUUGGCUGAGAUGGACGAGGUCCUGAGCUCACGCGGAUCUCAACAAUUUGAAGAGGUUCUAUCUAGAUUCCAAAAUCGGUCAGGCUGGAUGAAGAUUGGACGAUUCGACGACGUGAGCCAGGUCUUGUCAUGUAGAACGACUACCUUGAGCACCUUGAGCCAGCAACCCCGUCUCCAGCAAAUGAUAAGCGUCAAGGCACUCGAUACUCGGCUCGUCGAAGUGCAAAGUGCUUUGGUGGCUUCCAGUAUCAACCGUGCUCAUAAUGCACUCCAAGAAUCUCUUUCUCUCGCAACUUCCAUGAUUGGGCUUAUUGGUCCUUGUCUUGAGGUUGGUGUGAAUUCAGAAGUUGCGAUUCAUCUAGAAACUGCGAAUGCCUUGUGGGACCAGGGCGAAAUGGCAUCAUCUAUCGGCAUGCUGCAAUCUUUAGACAAUGUUCUUUUGCUGAAGAAGCAGACAAUUCCUGUCGGAAGAUCCAAUUUACUCUCGAGAAUUGGGCAGCAAGUCUCAGUCGCCCGGCUUGAGAAGGCCGAUCGAAUCAUCGAAAAGUACCUCAAGCCGGCACUCAAGGAAUUGAGAGGGAGAACGAGCGGAAGUGAGCCAGGCGAAGUCUUUCAUCAAUUUGCAGUAUUUUGCGACCAGCAACUUCAAGACCCGGACAGCCUAGAAGAUCUUGAACGCCUUAAGAAGCUGAGCAAGGACAAGGCCGAAGAGGUCAAAUCUUACAAGAAGCUCUACAGAGACGCCGGAACGCCCGAUGAUAAACAGAAAUACAGCAAUCAUCUGAAAAAGCAUGAGACGUGGCUGAAACUGGACGAAGAAGAGCUUCAACGUCACAACUCAAGCAGAGACGAAUUCUUGCGACAGUGUUUGGAGAACUACCUGCUCGCUCUAGCUGCUUCUGAUGACAAUAAUGGGAACGCUUUACGAUUCUCAGCUCUAUGGCUCGAGCAUUCCGAAGAAAUAAUCGCGAACGAGGCUGUCUCAAAGCAUCUGACGCAGGUUCCAAGUCGAAAAUUCGCACCGCUCAUGAAUCAGCUCGCCUCUCGGCUUCAGAAUACGACCGUCAAAUUUCAACAGCUGCUGUAUGAUCUCGUCUUGAAGAUUUGCACAGAGCACCCAUAUCAUGGCAUGUACCAGAUUUACUCUGGUGCCAACAGUCGCACCAACUCAAAAGAUGAAUCUGCUGUCUCCAGAAAAACCGCAACGGUCAAGAUUGCUAAUGAUUUGACAAGAAAACCGAUUACUGCGCCAAUCUGGCUCGCGAUUCAGUCUACUAAUAAAUAUUAUUGUAUUCUCGCGGGCGAAAAGGACGACUCGAGGUAUAAGACUGGGAGAAAGAUAUCUCUCAAAGACUCGCCAGCUUUGAGUCGUCUGCAAGCUUCUUUCACCAAAUACCAAGUCCCCCCACCCACAAUGCAGAUUGAACUUUCCUCGGUCCUCGACUAUUCCAAAGUCCCUCACAUUGUCCGACUUGAGCCACAGAUGACAAUUGCAUCUGGUGUCAGCCUGCCCAAGAUCAUCACAGCACUUGGUAGCAACGGGGCCAAGUUUAAGCAAUUGGUGAAAGGAGGUACCGAUGAUCUUAGACAGGACGCAAUCAUGGAGCAAGUCUUUGACCAAGUCAGUCAGCUCUUGGAAACUAAUCGCUCAACACGUCAACGAGACCUAAGCAUCCGGACCUAUAAAGUCCUGCCAUUGACCAGUACUGCUGGUGUUAUUGAAUUCGUCCAGAACACGACGCCUCUGCACGAGUUUUUAAUGCCAGCUCACGAACGAUAUUAUCCAAAGGAUAUCAAGGGUAGUCAGUGCCGUAAGGAAAUCAGCGAGGUGCAAGGAACUUCUGUUGAGAGCCGAGUAAAGAAAUAUCGCAGUGUAACGGACCGGUUCCACCCAGUGAUGCGCUAUUUCUUCACAGAGCGGUUCAACGAUCCAGAUGUGUGGUUCGUGAAACGACUGGCUUAUACGCGAAGCACCGCAGCGAUCUCCAUACUUGGACACGUGCUUGGUCUCGGCGAUAGACAUGGGCAUAAUAUUCUCCUAGACACCGAGAGCGGGGAAGUAGUGCACAUUGAUCUGGGGGUGGCCUUCGAGAUGGGCCGCGUUCUACCUGUUCCUGAGCUAGUUCCUUUCCGUCUGACUCGUGAUAUUGUUGAUGGCAUGGGAAUCACGAAGACUGAGGGGGUGUUCCGACGGUGUUGUGAGUUCACGCUCGAAGCUCUGCGGAAAGAGGCCUACAGCAUCAUGACUAUCCUGGAUGUGUUACGGUAUGAUCCUCUCUACAGCUGGUCGAUUUCUCCUGUUCGUUUGGCAAAAAUACAACAAGCACAGAGUGCGGCGCCAGCAGCAACGGAUGUUGGAAAUGGCAGUGAGAGACCAAAGGAGGCAGUCAACGAGUCGGGCGAAGCUGAGCGGGCCUUGACAAUUGUGAAUAAGAAGCUGUCAAAAACCUUAAGCGUCACUGCUACGGUGAACGAUCUCAUUAAUCAGGCAAGUGACGAGAGGAAUUUGGCGGUGCUAUAUUCAGAAUCUAAGUACUCUGUCCUGUACAACAUACAUACCCUACCGGUUUUCAUCGAUUGCUUCACGGCAAAAUCGGCGUCGUCAUAUUGGGAGAUUUGUAAUUAUGUGAGAUCACUGGAAACGAUCUCGGGGGCAGCUGGAUUUGGAACCCGAAUACGAUUUGCGGUUUCGGAUUAA